ACAAUAGCAACACAUCAGCACCCGCCCCGCGUCCACAUCUCCCCCUUCACAUCCAUCGACCCAGAUCUCACGCGCCGCCCAAGCCAGCGACGAUGAGGCCCUCGGUGAUGAGAUCCGCCGCCCAGCUCCUCCGCCGCCGCAACUACUCCUCCGCGUCCGGGCAGCAGGCGCGGAAGGUGGCCAUCCUCGGCGCGGCCGGCGGCAUCGGGCAGCCGCUGUCUCUCCUCAUGAAGCUGAACCCCCUCGUCUCCUCCCUCUCCCUCUACGAUAUCGCGGCCACCCCGGGCGUCGCUGCCGACGUUUCCCACAUCAACUCCCCUGCCCUGGUGAAGGGUUUCAUGGCGGAUGAUCAGCUCGCGGAGGCGUUGGAUGGGGCCGACCUGGUGAUCAUCCCGGCCGGCGUCCCGAGGAAGCCCGGCAUGACCAGGGACGACCUCUUCAACAUUAACGCCGGCAUCGUUAAGAACCUCUGCACCGCCAUCGCCAAGUACUGCCCGAAUGCUCUUGUCAACAUGAUCAGCAACCCUGUGAAUUCAACCGUUCCGAUUGCUGCUGAAGUUUUCAAGAAGGCUGGAACCUAUGAUGAGAAGAGAUUGUUUGGUGUGACCACUCUUGAUGUUGUUCGUGCCAGGACUUUCUAUGCUGGGAAGGCUAAUGUAGAUGUUAAUACUGUGGACGUUCCUGUUGUUGGUGGUCAUGCUGGUAUUACCAUCUUGCCACUGUUCUCACAGGCAACUCCUUCAACUAAUGCAUUGUCUGCUGAAGAAAUCAAGGCUCUCACCAAGAGGACACAGGAGGGUGGCACAGAAGUCGUUGAGGCAAAGGCUGGAAAGGGAUCUGCAACCUUGUCCAUGGCGUAUGCUGGUGCAGUUUUUGGAGAUGCAUGCUUGAAGGGUCUGAACGGAGUUCCUGACAUUGUUGAAUGCUCCUACGUGCAAUCAACUGUGACCGAGCUGCCAUUCUUUGCUUCCAAGGUGAGGCUUGGAAAGAAUGGAGUCGAGGAAGUGCUCGGGUUGGGUCAGCUGACGCAGUUUGAGAAGGAUGGGUUGGAAGCUCUCAAGGGCGAGCUCAAAUCUUCAAUUGAGAAGGGUGUCGCGUUCACAAAUGCAAGUUAGUUAGGCCAUUUUGCAGAUGAUAGCAAACCCAGGUCUUGUUGAGGGGUCUGUUGGUUUGGUCCAGUGCUUUUUCUGCCCAUCAUGUGGGCAUUGAAGAUUUGAGCUUUGCAAUAAAAUUUCCGGCGGCGUAAUGCCACACAUAACAUAACUUGUACGAGAGGAAGCUAGUUUUGUGUCGAGCUUUGAACUGAUAAUGAACAAUUGCUGAUGCGUGGAAAGUCACUUGUUGUUCAACCGGUCUGCUUGCAAGUCUGUUGAAUAUUGAUGAUUUUUGUUGUGCUUUCA